AGGCAGACAAAAAAAUUCAUGCGACCCAAAUAGCCACCACGCCGCCCCAUCCCUUCCGCGCACACGACACCAGGUUGUGCCUGCCGCCCCGCGUCCCCAGCACCUCCAUCCACUGCCAUGCCUUCCCGCCUUCUCCAGCAGACAUUCCCGCCACCAGCGCCGCCGCCGCCGCCGCCUCCCCUACCCGCCAAUAACCAGCAUCACCGCCAAGCCCUCCUCGCGGCCACCGUCGCCUCCGCCGCGGCCGCGAUAGCCCUUCUAUUCUUGCUCGUCCUCCUCCUCCUCCUCCGCCGGCGGCGGCGCCGGCACCCCACGCUCCCGUUCUCCCCGCCGCCUGCCCCCGCGCGCCCGCUCCGACGCUACUCCCGCCGCGCGCUCCGCCGCGCCACGGGCGGGUUCCACCCGUCCCGGCUCCUCGGCCGCGGCGCCGCCUCACCGGUCUACCUGGCCACCUUCCCCGACGCCUCCCUCGCCGCCGUCAAAACCUGUGCGUCGCCGCACGAGCUCCACCUCCUCGCGUUGCUGCCCGACUCCCCGCGCCUCGUCUCCCUCCUCGGCUACUCGUCCGGCUCCGGCGUCGCCGGCGCCGAGCACCCGCUCCUCCUCGUCUUCGAGUACGUGCCCAACGGCUCCCUCCAGGGCGCGCUCUUCGGCGGAGAUGCCGCCGGCCGCGACGGGCGGUUCCUGGAUUGGCCAAAGCGGCUCGCCGUCAUCCGCGACGUGGCACGCGCGCUCGCGUUCCUCCACGCCGAGUGCCACCCCCCGGUCGUGCACGGCGACCUCAAGCCCAGCAACGUCCUCCUCAACGCCGACUUCCGCGCCAAGCUCGCCGACUUCGGCCUGGCGCGCCUCAAGACUCCCGAUGCUGUCGCCACGUCCGGCGCCGCCGGGGACGACUUCAUGAGCCAAGAACUCGGCGAGGCCGGGGACCACCUCUCCACCACCACCUCCGCAGCCGGCGGCGCCAAAACGGAUGUCAAGGACGAGUCUGGUCCAGCUCGUGCGUGGGGGAAGGAGUGGUGGUGGAAACAGGAUGGCAGCGGCGAGCUUGACUCGAGGGAUUACGUCGCCGAGUGGAUCGGCAGCCAAAUCUGCCCGGAGAGGAACCCGGAUUGGGCUGACGAGAACGACGGCAACACUAACGAUCAGAAAACAUCACCAUCGGGCAUGGACGAACGCGCUGUGUCAGACUCACCGGAGGACAAGAAGAACGCCAACUGCAACAGCAAUGCCGACGGCGCUGCGUUUGGCCACGCCGGCGAAAAGAAGGAAGCAACCAAGAUGAGAGAGUGGUGGAAAGAGGAGUUCUUUGAGGAGAUGAGCAAGAAGGGCGGUAGCUUCGACAAACGGCGCGGCAGCGGCAAACCGUGGCUCCGGUCGAUCAGCAUGAAUACCGGCCACGGCAACGCCAACGCCAACGGCGACAGCAAUGUUGAGCCGAGCGGUCUUGACCUUAGCUUCCGGAGGAGCCGGAAAAGGAACCGGGGGCGGGGCCGGUCAGUGGGCAGUGACAUCCAAAGCGGUGACUUCCUCAGCCGGGAUCUGAGCAGCACGACGAGCAUGCGGGGCACGGUGUGCUACGUCGCACCGGAAUGCGGCGGCGGGCCUUGCGAGCACGGCACCGACCUUCUGGAGAAGGCUGACGUGUACAGCUUUGGCGUGCUCGUUCUGGUGAUCCUGUCGGGCCGGCGGCCGCUGCACAUCCUCUCGUCGCCGAUGAAGCUGGAGAAAGCGAACCUGGUGAGCUGGUGCCGGCAGCUCGCGCGCGCCGGCAACGUGCUCGAGCUCAUGGACGAGAGGCUGGACGGCGGCUACGACAAGGACCAGGCCACGCUGUGCGUGCAGCUCGCGUUGCUCUGCCUGCAGCGGCAGCCGGAGCACCGGCCGGACAGCACGGACAUCGUCAAGAUCCUCGACGGCGAGAUGGAGCUGCCGCCCGCGCCGGUGGAGUUCUCGCCGUCGCCCCGCGUGCGGCCGUUCCCGCGGUCGUCGCGCCGGGCGCCGCAGCCUGAUGCCGCCGAGUGAUGGUACCUCUGCUCCUUGCAAAUUUUCCUUUUGGAGAUCAAUGUGCAUGUCCCCAUGCUUGGGGGAAUUGACAAGGUUCAUCGUCUCGUAUCGAUCUGUUGAUUAUUUUUUGUAUAUAGGAGGUGAAUUCAUCUCCCCCUUAUCUAACAAGGAAUUCAUUCUAUGCCAAUUCAAAAUUGAUGUUGCUUCUUGCAAAAAAUCAACAGUAGUUCUUUAGGACCCAAUCGUUCAUAUCUUUGUCAAGACUUCCGAAUUUGUUGUGUCUUGUCGAUCUCCUACACUUGA